AUGGAGCCUCCAGACAAGAAACCAGGAGAGGCAGCUGGGCCACGAAUUACGCCCCAGCUGCUGAAGUCCUACACGGGUGAGUUCGCCCUAGAGUCCAUCCUGCUACUGAAGUUGCAAGGCCUUGGGCUGACGGACCUGGGCUGCUUGGGAGAGUGCCUGGGCCUCGAGUGGCUGGACCUGUCGGGCAAUAUGCUGACCCAGCUGGGCCCCCUGGCCUCCUUGCGCCAGCUGACCGUGCUCAAUGUCUCCAAUAAUCGGCUAACUGGGCUGGAGCCUCUGGCCACCUGUGAGAACCUGCAGAGUCUCAACGCUGCGGGCAACCUACUAGCCACACCCGGCCAGCUGCAGUGCCUGGCUGGGCUGCAGAACCUGGAGUACCUGCGCCUCCGGGACUCUUUGGCCCGGCUCAGCAACCCACUGUGUGCCAGCUCAUCCUACUGGGCUGCGGUCAAGGAGCUGCUGCCCGGCCUGAAAGUCAUCGAUGGGGAGCGCGUGAGUGGCCGUGGCAGUGAGCUCUAUCAGCUGUGCCGGGACCUGGACAGCUCCCUGCACCCCAGCUCCAGCCCUGGCCCCAGAGCCAUAGAGGCCCAGCCCUGGGUGGAGCCUGGGUACUGGGAGUCCUGGCCUCCCCGGAGCAGUUCUAUCCUGGAGGAGGCCUGCAGACAGUUCCAGGACACACUGCAGGAGUGCCAAGACCUGGACCGCCAGGCCAGUGACAGUCUGGCCCGGGCUGAGCAGGCUCUUAGCCCCAAAGGCUCUGGCUCUUCUUUUGUCUUCUGAAUAGGCCCUGUGGCCUCAAUGCCUGCAGUUCCUUUCCUCUUCUGCAUGCUGACCCCUCACACUGGCCACUGACCCUGCAAGCUCAGCUGUGGGUUCAUCUAUCCCUAUCCUGAGAGCCACGCCCUCCUCUACCCUCCCCCAUCCUUGCUCCACAUGGGGCAGGACAGAGCUCUCAAGCAGCCUCUAGUAGAGUUGUGCUCACGGGCAGCUGGCACAUACACUGAGAGGAAAGGGGUGCUGAGCCCAGGAUCACAGCAGCUGCCACUCUUGGCUGUCAGCCUGAGACUUGGCGCACAGGGUUACUUCUGCUCACGGUAUGGUGAGGAGGGCUGGAGUAGCAAGCCAGCCAGCCCUGCAGAGCCCAGGCAUGGCUGGUACUAGGGCACAUCGACCUUCCACACCUGCCUGUGCAGAGGACAGUAGUCCACUCUGCCCAGCCUGUGCUUCCCUGGAGCCGACCCUACAUGCUUACCCCAGUCUAUUAAACUUCUGUGAAUUUGUUUGUC